AUGGCAACUAGAUCGAAGAAUAUGAGUUCUUGGGAUGCUGGUUCUGUUUCUGGGUUCAAUAUGACUGUAACUGUUUUUGAUUUGGAAAGAGGAGCUUAUAGAAAGAGCAGAAAGCCAUGGAAGACAGAUGAAGUUCUGAUGAGUGGUCAAGUAGGGUGGUUGGAGGAGGGAGAUUGUUUUCUCCAUGGAAGAGAAGAUCUGGUAGGUUUGACAACUUCUCCUCAUCCUUCACCGGCAGCGCCGGUUACUCCUCGGCCUUCUCCCACGUCCAUUCUGAUCCUCAGAACAACCACAGAACAUAGCCGAAUUCGAAGAGCGGGUGCAGCUUUCGCUGCGAAAUCUGGUGGAGGAUUUUCACUCAACUCGAUCUUGAAAAGGUGUGAAACCUGCGAAGGCAAAGGAGCAAUUGACUGUAAGGGAUGCAAGGGUACAGGAAGGAAUAAGAAAAAUGGAAAUAUUUUUGAGCGAUGGAAGUGUUUUGAUUGCCAAGGAUUUGGGAUGAAGGGUUGCCCUACCUGUGGAAAAGGAGGAUUAACACCAGAACAAAGAGGAGAAAGAUAA